AUGCUGAAAGAGCACCAUUUGUAUGCCAAGUAUUCUAAGUGUGAAUUUUGGCUGCAAGAGGUGAAGUUUUUCGGACAUGUUGUUUCGGGUAAUGGGGUGUUAGUUGAUCCUUCAAAGAUAGAAGCAGUUCUAGAUUGGGAACGUCCCAAGAAUGUGUAUGAGAUUUGGAGUUUUCUUGGCUUAGCGGGUUAUUACCGCAGGUUUGUGAGGGACUUUUCCCGCUUAGCCACUCCUAUAACUCGGAUAACCCGAAAGGGGAUCAGAUUUGAUUGGACUGAAGCUUGUUAUGUGUUGAUGCAGGGUGGUAAGGUAGUGGCUUAUGGAUCUAGACAGUUGAAGAUUCACGAGCUUAACAAUCCCACUCAUGACUUGGAGUUGGCAGCAGUUGUCUUUGCUUUGAAAAGCUAG